UCCAAUCCAUUUAGUUCAAGCUCAUUUUCAAGCUGCUUCUCUGUCGAUGUUACGAACACCUUCGAGAAGCCUGCUGACCACUGCUGAUCGGCUAUACUGAGCAUUCAUAUGAUAUUGAUGUAUAAAACGAAAGACCAAGAGGUUCAUAUCAGUUCAAACUGUGUAUCGAAUCAAAGGAUCGUGAACAUGGAGUCGUUUCUCUCCGCAUCGAGAGUCGCUUUGGUGGACAACUUCGUCAAGUACAAAAGAAUUCGCAUCGUUUUGGGUAACGAAACGUGCGAUUUAGAUUCCGCCGUGUGUACUCUGGUCCAGGGAUACUCCGAAUAUCUGGAUGCAACGAAAAGUAACGAAAAGGAUUCAAUAAUAAUUCCAUUGAUGAAUAUACUCGAGAACGAAUAUCGCACGAAAACGGAAGUUGUGUAUUUUCUGGAACGCUUCGACAUAUUCUCGAGCGGCCUAAUAUUUCGGAAUCAGAUAGAUCUGAAAGCCUUGAAGGAGAAUGCUGGAAAACAUCUGGAACUUAUACUCGUCGAUCACCAUAACCUCUCGGAAGAAGACGUUUUCCUAACGGAUUCUGUAAUCGAGGUCAUCGAUCAUCGACCUCAAGACGCGCGAUGGCCUUGGCCCGGUAGAAAGGUUCGCUUAGAAACCGUCGGCAGCUGCGCAACUCUGGUGGCGCAAAAUUUCAUCCGCAAGCAUCCGGAAAUGUUAGACGGCCUGCUCUCGAGGCUUUUACGAGGUCCGAUUCUGGUCGACACUAGUAAUUUCUCGAAGGAGGCAGACCGCGCCACAUCCACCGACGUUGAGGUUACGGAAGCUCUCGAGAGGAUCGGUUGUCUGGAAAUCGAUAGAUCCGAAGAAUUCGACUCGAUCCUGAAAGCGAAAGCCGAUAUAAGCAGACUAACUGCGCAGGAUCUUCUGAUCAAAGACUUGAAAGUUGCCGCUGGAGUGCCGAUAGUCGGAAUGCCUAUACUAGUCGAAAAUUUUCUCAAGCUCCCGAACGCGGAUGCGGCUCUUCGAAGUUUCGCCGAAUCCAGAAACACCGCGAUCGUCGUUCUGCUGGGAAUGGAAUUGAAACAGCAGAAACUAUCGCGAGAUGUUGCUAUUUUCUCGCUUCCUGGCGAUGAAGCGAAAGAAAAGAUGGUAGAAGCGCUCGUUUCGUCCACGCAACCGCCUCUCGAGUUGACCUUCACGAGGGAAAUCCACGGAGAGCGCGACAAGUACAGCUUGUCGCAUUACACGCAAGGAAAUCUGCGCGCUACGCGGAAGCAAGUACUGCCGAUUGUUCGGGACACGAUGUUGUCGCAUUGUGGGUGCUGAAGAAAACUCGGAGCGGAAGAGGAGGAGCAUUACAGUCAAGGAAGGGCGUUCUUACAAAGUUUCAAAUUGGAACAUGAGAGAAGCAAGGUUAAUUUCGAGGUACACUUAUGCAGAAACUGGAACAAAUAUAAUAUUAUUCUG